CCAGACACGGUCGCCCACGAGCACACGCGAGCUGGCGCUUUAACUCUCACGCGCACACUUGGCUAGGCAUCCCGCAUACGUCGCCGGCGUCGUCUUCGUUGUCUCGGCACACGUGAUUACCUAGAGAGGUAGGUAGGUGACGACUGACGAGAGAGGAUGGCGACCGGCAAAGCGGCGUUAUGGGUGCUGGUGCUGCUGUGCGCGCUCCGGCAGGGGGCGUCGCAGCGGUACAACGGCAUCUACAGCUUCGGCGACUCCAUCUCCGACACGGGCAACCUCUGCGUCGGCGGCUGCCCGUCCUGGCUCACUACGGGCCAGUCUCCCUACGGCGAAACCUUCUUCGGCCGCCCCACCGGACGAUGCUCCGAUGGCCGCGUCAUCGUCGACGUGCUCGCCGAGCACUUCGGCUUGCCGCUGCUGCCGGCGUCCAAGGCCGGCGGUGACUUCAAGAAGGGCGCCAACAUGGCGAUCAUCGGCGCCACCACCAUGAACUUCGACUUCUUCAAGUCCAUCGGCCUCAGCGACAAGAUUUGGAACAACGGGCCCCUCGACACCCAAAUCCAGUGGUUCCGGCAGCUCCUGCCCUCCGUCUGCGGCAACGACUGCAAGAACUACCUCUCCAAGUCCCUGUUCGUCGUCGGCGAGUUCGGCGGCAACGACUACAACGCCGCGCUCUUCUCCGGCCGGACCAUGGCGGAGGUGAAAGGCUACGUGCCGAGGGUCGUCAGCAAGCUCAUCCGCGGCCUAGAGACGAUAAUCAGGACGGGAGCAGUGGACAUUGUCGUGCCGGGGGUGCUGCCGAUUGGGUGCUUCCCCAUCUACCUCACCCUCUACGGGACCUCCAAUGGCGCCGACUACGACGGCGACGGCUGCCUGAGGAGCUACAACGGGCUGUCCUCCUACCACAACUCCCUGCUGAAGCGGAGCCUCUCCAGGCUGCAGAGGACGUACCCACAGACCCGGAUCAUGUACGCCGAUUUCUACUCCCAGGUCACCCAGAUGAUCCGGGCCCCUCAGAACUUCGGGCUCAAGUACGGCCUGAAGGUCUGCUGCGGCGCCGGCGGGCAGGGCUCGUACAACUACAACAACAAGGCGAGGUGCGGCAUGUCCGGCUCCAGCGCCUGCGCCGACCCGGCCAACUACCUCAUCUGGGACGGCAUCCACCUCACGGAGGCGGCCUACCGCUCGAUCGCCAACGGGUGGCUCAACGGGCCCUACUGCAACCCUCCCAUUCUGCACUGAUCAGAGCAUUCUCGUAGCUAUGUGGAUGGAACAGCGAGUGAUGGGUUGUUAUUUGGUUGUCGAUUAUUCUUGGGAAGUUAUUAGGUUAUGCUUAAUUUGGGUGUGCUGGCGACAAUGAAUAAAGUGAAAUGGAUUAUUUGCAAUUAACUUUAGAGUGAAUGAAAUAACAGAUUUUAACGCU